AUGAUAAAAAAUCCUCGAAGUGAGACAAGAACAAAUUGUAAAGCAUUCAUGCAUAUAUCUUUUAAGCGGGACUUGUCGAAGUGGAUUGUGUCAAAAUUUGAUAACAACCACAACCACCCUUUGCAUCUUCCUCAAUGUACUCAUUUGAUGCCAUCUCAGAGAAAGGCUUCACAUGAGCUUAUUAGUGCUAUAGCAGGAGGGAAUGAGUUUGUAGGGUUCACGCAGGAGGAUCAGAAAACCUACUUACAUGCAAAAAGACAGCGAAACUUGCAGUAUGGUGAAGCAGAGAGUUUGUUAAGAUGUUUCCAGCAGCAAGUGGCAGAAAAUUCAUAUUUUUACUAUGCCAUUCAGUUGGAUGUAAAUGAGAUGAUUACUAAUAUUUUUUGGGCUGAUCAUCAGAUGAUAACAAAUUAUGGGCUUUUCGGUGAUGCGGUGUCAUUCGACACAACUUUUCGAACAAAUAAAGAGUACCGUCCACUUGCUUUAUUUUGUGGCUUUAACCACUUUAGAAUGACAGUGAUUUUUGGUGCAGCAUUAUUAUAUGAUGAAACUACAGAGUCAUUUGAAUGGUUAUUUGAAACAUUUUUUGAUGCAAUGUCAGGAAAAAAGCUUGUUAGUUUUUUCACAGAUCAAGAUCAAGCAAUGGCUAAGGCAAUUUCACAAAUCAUGCCUGAGGUUUUUCAUGGGUUGUGCACUUUUCACCUAAUGCAAAAUGCUUUAAAGCAUUUAGGUUACUUGUUCAAGAGUGGUUCAAAAUUUAGUAGCGAUUUAAAAGCUUGCAUUUAUGACUACGAGAAUGAGCAUGAAUUAAUUGAAGCUUGGAAUUCUUUGAUUGAUAAAUACAACUUGCAAGAGAAUGAGUAG